UUUUCCCCUCCUCUUUCCCCUUCUCCACACACUUCAUCUCAAAAGAAAACACAUGUCGACGCUCUCCCUCCCUCAGCAGCCGCGCGCACUGCAUCUCGCCGUCGCCGCCAAACCCUAGCACCGCCGCCCCUCCGUCGACCCACCGCUGCCGCGCCCCCAUCCCCUGCAUCGACCCACCGCCGCCGCCCCUGCGUCGACCCGGCGCUGCCGCCCCUAUCCCCUGCAUCCACCCGUCGCCUUCAUCCCCUGCAUCGACCCACCGCCGCCGAACCUGCAUCGACCCACCGCCGCCGACCCCAUCCCCUGCAUCGACCCGGCGCCGACCCCAUCCCCUGCAUCGACCCACCGCCGCCCCCAUCCCCUGCAUCGACCCGGCGCCGCCGCCCCUGCAUCCACCUAGCACCGCCGCCCCCAUCCUCUUCAUCCACACCGCAGGAGCAUCCCCAAUCCAGCCCGCCGCCCCUGCAUCCACCCAGAACCACCGCCCCCAUCCUCUUUAUCCACGCCACAGGAGAAUCCCCCAAUCCAGCCGGACGCACCAGCAUCACGCAAUCCAGCGCCGCCGCCCCAUCGCCUCCAUCACCCCACAUAGUUGUCCCAGUGUACAGGCGAAGCUGAAUUAAAAAGAUCUCAGCUUUGUGGGAUAUACAUACAAAAACUUUGAUGCUGUGAAAGGAUUAAAACAUGCAGAUAUGCAAAGGAGCUCAUCACUAAAAAGGCCCUCUAUUGGUGCUAUAUUCCCCAAGAACAACACCUCCCGAUACCCUUCGCCAUCCUCACCCCUGGUUCACCUCCUCUGCCACCUACUCGCCAACUGAUCAGCAGGAGCAGCAACAGCCUGAGAGUCGCAGAUAGAGGUUGCACCGAGUUCUGUUCUCUGUUGUCACAGGAACCAGCCUAAACCAGACUUUAAGGACAAGUUUAAGAUCUAGGUUGGGAAGUGAAGAAGGUAUCAAGCUGCAGCCAUCAAUAAUUGAACAAGUGCCACUUCCAGCUUCUGGAAACCCAAUUUUGUAUCUCAAAUCAAGAGUAGGUUCCUAUAAAUUCUGGAGAAAUGGAAAUGGGAGACAAGGCAGUCGGCCUUGUGUUGACCAUGACGAGUUUAUCCAUCUUUACCUACUACACUUUCUGGGUCAUAAUCUUGCCAUUUGUUGACGAUGACCAUUUUGUCCACCAAUACUUUCUGCCUCAAGAAUACGCCAUCUUCAUCCCUGUGUUUGCCGGUGUGGUGCUACUUUCGUUCCUAAGUAUAUUCAUCGGUCUUGUGAUGCUGAAGUCGAAGAAAAAGAAGGCUGCUUGAUGGAUUUGGUGACUCCCCUGCCGAUCCAGUGGAAUUUCUGGUGUACUUAUAGAACCUAGUAGACAGGUCUUGUGGAUAUUGCCUUCGCUUGUGAUCUAAGGCUUUCUCGUGACACUUAUGUCAUAAAUUAGAUCUAAUGGGCAUUUGCAUGUUCUUGGUAGUUUACUGAUGGCAAGGUGCAUGACAUUCCAAGAAUGAACAUUGGUCAAAUAUCAAGUGUUGUUACAUCAAUAUUUCUCGGAUUAUGUGUUUGAUCAAUGUAGUCGGCACUAACAUGUA